GGCCAAGCCAAUGGAAAGAGUGACAGUCGCGGUGAUUACCAGCAAGGAACAGAUGUCGUACAUAUAGCAGGUCUUCCCCAUAACUCGUAAAUACAGAGACCUGCAAAUUCCAGUUCACCAUGUUGCCAACUCAAUCAUUGCUAAUUCCGCUAUUUGGAGGAGCUGCGGCGGCUGCAAACCUGUACGCGACACACUACUCCGGAACUAUCAACCACCUCACUUUCAACAACAACUCCUUGACCCUUGUGAGCUCCGAGAAGACCGGUCAAACACUGCCAAGCUGGAUCACCUACGACGCCGUAGGCAAGAAGCUGUACAUUCCUGACGAGAAUUUCGACGAGAACAGUAGCGGAGUGCUCGUCUCCUACUCCGUCGACGCCAAGGGCGCCUUGACCAAGGCUGGAAACACAACUACGCCCCGUGGUGGAGUCGCAACUGUGCUGUACGGCGGCAAGGACGGCAGAGGAUUCAUCGCGAAUGCGCACUACCACACUGCGCAGGUGUCAACUUACAAAUUGCCUUUGAAAGAUGGCAGGCCUCUCCAGACAUUAAACUACACAUUGGAUGGCCCUGGCGCGGAUCCAGAUCGUCAGGAGGCACCACAUCCGCACCAAGUCCUUGUGGACCCAACUGGCGACUUCCUGCUGGUCACUGAUCUUGGUUCAGACAAGAUCCACAUCAACAAGAUUGACAAGAAUACCGGCAAGCUGACCCAGUGUCCAUCUGCAAAGACAUUGUAUGGUGCUGGACCUCGUCACGCUGCCUUCUGGUCUCCUUCUUGCUCCAAGUCCAGGGCUGCACAGGGCCGGGGUACCGUACUCUACGUUGCCAACGAGCUGUCAAACACCGUGACUGGAUGGAGCGUGUCGUACCCUAGCGGCGGCUGCCUGGAGUUGACUCCAAAGCAAAUCAUUACACCCUACGAGGGCAACAGCACUGCUCCAUCUGGCGCGAGCCUGGGAGAGAUUAGGGUCCAAGGAAACUUCCUGUAUACCUCCAACAGGGGUGAUCAGUCCUUCGCGCCCUACGAUUCUCUUACUCAGUACGACAUUGCGGCUAAUGGCUCAAUUGCUUGGACAGAGCUGACCUCAGCGUACGGUCUGCUCCCCCGCAGCUUCGAAUUAAACUUAGCUGGUGACUACAUCGCCAUUGGUGACCAAAUUUCGGACAAUGUGGCUAUCGUAAAGCGCGACAUCACCACUGGAAAGCUUGGUGCCCUCGCUGCAAAUCUGACGGUCACUGGUCCAUCAGACCCCAACUCUGGAAACCCGGUGGGUCUCAACACGGUCAUCUGGGCGGAAUAGAUGUUUUCGCCGGACAUGCAUACGACACGAAUACGGCAACUGAGCGUCUUCGAUGAGCCACUUGGCGUUCACACCUCAACAGCAACACCACCCGCAGACACCAACGCAACUUUAGGAUGAUUUAACCAUCUACGAAUAGAUAACUACUAAGCUAGUUAAUUCUCUCUGUAAAUUUCAAAGUUACAGUCUAACAUUUAAGUGUGUAGUGCUGGCAAGAAAAGCUGUAAAGUGCAUGGAUGUAACUCAUCGGCAGCUCUCGGGUGCAGUAGACCGAGAAUAUGUAGAAAAGCUGUGGUAGAUUACGAAGCAGCUGGCUUGAUCACGA